GCGGCCAAGAGCAGGCAGAGAAGAGGAGGAGGAGGAGGAGGAGGGAGGUUGGUGGCCGCAUCAGGACCGCGGCUGAAGGUCCCUCCGCCGGCUCUGGCCCUUGAGGACAGAAGAAGCCGACCAACCUCGACGGAGCCCGGCCAGUGAGCAAGCAAGCGAGCGAGCGAGGAUGCUCGGCGUCCGUCGCGCGUUGCCUUGGGCGCUGCUGUGGCCGCUGCUGCUCUUGCCCGGCGGGGCGCUCCGGAGCGGGCUGGGCAGCGCGGCCGGGAGCCAAGUGAAUUUAUUGGACUCACGAUCAGUAAUGGGGGAUCUUGGAUGGAUCGCAUAUCCAAAGAAUGGGUGGGAAGAAAUUGGCGAGGUCGAUGAAAACUAUGCUCCAAUCCAUACCUAUCAAGUAUGUAGAGUAAUGGAACAGAGUCAGAACAACUGGCUCCUCACCAAUUGGAUCUCCAACAGUGGAGCAUCACGGAUCUUCAUUGAACUGAAAUUUACCCUUAGGGACUGUAACAGCCUUCCUGGAGGUCUUGGGACUUGCAAAGAGACAUUUAAUAUGUACUACUUUGAAACAGAUGACAAAGAUGGGAGGAACGUGAAAGAAAACCAAUACAUCAAGAUUGAUACCAUUGCAGCCGAUGAGAGUUUUACAGAGCUAGACCUCGGCGACAGGGUCAUGAAGCUGAACACAGAAGUGAGGGAUGUUGGGCCUCUGACCAAAAAGGGAUUUUACCUUGCUUUCCAGGAUGUGGGGGCAUGCAUUGCACUGGUAUCUGUGCGGGUGUAUUACAAGAAGUGCCCUGUGGUGGUUCGGAACCUGGCCAUCUUUCCCGAUACCAUUACGGGAGCAGAUUCUUCCCAGCUGCUGGAAGUCUUAGGGUCAUGUGUGAAUCACUCAGUGACAGAUGAACCCCCCAGGAUGCACUGCAGUGCUGAGGGGGAGUGGCUGGUGCCAAUUGGAAAAUGCAUGUGUAAGCCAGGGUAUGAAGAGAAGAACAACACCUGUCAAGCAUGUCCACUGGGAUUCUUUAAGGAUUUGCCCCAGAAUCAGAUGUGCAGCAAAUGCCCACCACACAGUUACACACGUGAAGAAGCAUCAACCUCCUGUGUUUGUGAAGAACAUUAUUUCCGAAAGGAAUCUGAUCCACCCACAAUGGCCUGUACAAGACCCCCCUCUGCUCCUCGGAGUGCCAUCUCAAAUGUUAACGAGACUAGUGUCUUUCUGGAAUGGAUUCCUCCUGCUGAUACUGGUGGAAGGAAAGAUGUGUCUUAUUAUAUUGCAUGCAAGAAGUGCAACUCGCACUCAGGGCUCUGUGAGUCAUGUGGCAGUCAUGUCAGGUAUCUUCCACAACAAAGCGGCCUGAGAAACACCUCUGUGAUGAUGGCGGACCUGCUUGCUCACACAAACUAUACCUUUGAGAUUGAGGCAAUGAAUGGUGUAUCCGGCCAGAGUCGAGCUGCACGGCAAUUUGUUUCAGUCAAUGUAACCACAAACCAGGCAGCACCAUCUCCAAUCACAAAUGUGAAAAAAGGGAAAGUUGCCAAAAAUAGCAUCUCUCUCUCCUGGCAGGAACCAGAUCGACCGAACGGCAUCAUCUUGGAGUAUGAAAUCAAGUAUUUUGAAAAGGAUCAAGAGACCAGCUAUACCAUCAUCAAAUCCAAGGAGACAAAAAUUACUGCAGAUGGCUUAAAACCUGCUUCAGCGUAUGUCUUCCAGAUCCGAGCACGCACCGCAGCAGGGUAUGGUGGCUUCAGCCGGAGAUUUGAGUUUGAAACCAGCCCAGUGUCAGUAGCUGCCUCCAGCGAUCAGAGCCAGAUCCCUAUAAUUGCUGUAUCUGUUACGGUGGGAGUGAUUCUGUUGGCUGUCGUUAUUGGUUUCCUUCUCAGUGGAAGGCGGUGUGGUUACAGCAAAGCUAAGCAAGACCCCGAAGAAGAAAAGAUGCAUUUUCAUAAUGGCCACAUCAAAUUACCAGGAGUAAGGACAUAUAUUGAUCCACAUACCUACGAAGAUCCAAAUCAAGCUGUCCAUGAGUUUGCCAAAGAAAUAGAAGCCUCCUGCAUAUCAAUUGAAAGAAUUAUCGGAGCUGGUGAAUUUGGUGAAGUAUGCAGUGGGCGUUUGAAAAUACCUGGGAAACAUGAGUUGCCGGUGGCCAUUAAAACCCUCAAAGUUGGAUACAGUGACAAGCAAAGACGAGAUUUCUUGGGAGAAGCCAGCAUUAUGGGACAGUUUGACCAUCCCAACAUAAUUCACUUGGAAGGUGUUGUCACAAAGAGUAAACCAGUCAUGAUUGUGACAGAAUACAUGGAAAAUGGAUCUUUGGAUACAUUUUUGAAGAAGAAUGAUGGGCAGUUCACUGUAAUUCAGCUGGUCGGCAUGCUCCGAGGAAUAGCAUCUGGGAUGAAGUACCUUUCUGACAUGGGCUACGUCCACAGAGACUUGGCUGCCAGAAAUAUCCUAAUCAACAGUAACUUAGUAUGCAAGGUGUCUGACUUUGGACUUUCCAGAAUUCUUGAAGAUGAUCCUGAAGCUGCCUAUACAACAAGGGGAGGAAAAAUCCCAAUCCGAUGGACAGCUCCAGAAGCAAUAGCCUUCCGCAAAUUCACCUCUGCCAGUGAUGUCUGGAGUUAUGGAAUUGUGAUGUGGGAAGUGGUGUCCUAUGGGGAAAGACCCUACUGGGAGAUGACGAAUCAAGAUGUGAUUAAAGCUGUUGAAGAAGGAUAUCGUUUGCCAAGUCCCAUGGACUGCCCAGCCACACUGUAUCAACUUAUGCUUGAUUGCUGGCAAAAGGAGAGGAACAGCAGGCCCAAGUUUGAUGAAAUUGUCUGCAUGUUAGAUAAACUCAUCCGGAACCCCAGUAGUCUGAAAACAUUGGUGAAUGCAUCAAGCAGAGUUUCAAAUUUAUUAGGUGAACACAGUCCACUGGGAAAUGGUGUUUACAGAUCUGUAGGUGAAUGGCUGGAAGCCAUAAAAAUGGGACGGUAUACAGAGAUUUUCAUGGAAAAUGGAUACAGUUCUAUGGAUGCUGUGACCCAGGUGACCUUGGAGGAUUUGAGGCGCCUUGGAGUCACACUUGUUGGGCACCAGAAGAAGAUAAUGAACAGCCUUCAAGAAAUGAAGGUCCAGCUGGUAAACAGGAUGGUGCCAUUAUAAUUUUUAAAUAUUUUUUAUUUUUUAAAAUGUCACUUCAAGUGAUCAGCCUUGCACUUUGUACACAUAACUCUGACCUUCAUUUUAACAACUGAAAAAAGAUACUCAGUUUUUCCUAUACUACAACAGAAGAACACUGGCCUCAUUGACAUAAUUUGUAAUCAGUAUUAGAAGCUACCUUCUUGUGACUGCAUCAUGAAGUAAAAGCAAUGUGAAUAAAAAGUAAAAAUGGGGCUGUACCACAUUUGAGGUUAACCAUUUUCUUCUGCUUCGAUAACAACAAAAAUAGUCCCAUUGCACCUUGUCUGUACUUGGAGUAUAUUGAUAUCUAAAUACAUACAUAUAUAUAUGGCACCUUUCAAAAACUGAAAAUGGCAGCCCAUGUUAAUACUUCCAAGAAUUUGCUUGAAAUUUUUGUCAGCACACUGAAAGGUACUGUUUACUGACUUUUCAUUCAGGUCUUAAGCAUCAAAUGGAAGGAUUUUGAAGAGCAAUACUAGACUAUUUCUUGACAGCGCUUUCUUAUUUUAUACAUUUUAAAGAAUAAUGAUCUUACACAACAGUGGCGUCCCUAGUGGUCACUGUUUUUCAAUGCAAUACAGGAUGCGCUUUUCUUCUUCCUUUUCUCAAUGACAUUCCUUUUAUAGUGACUAAUAGUACAAUAUAUGUAGAUAAUGUUAUCCAGAUUACUGCAAACCCAAGUGUGGAACAUAAUCUUUUUCAUGCUACCUGACUUUGUGUUUUUACUGCUGCUUGGUUGUAACAGGCAUAUUUUGUAGUAGCACAAACAUUGGAACUGAGUCCAGAAUUUGCUUCCUGAAGAAUCUUUAUUUCAUGGAUCAACAAAAGAAGGGGAAGAGAAUAUAUUGCCUUUGAUCAUUUCUUGAAAGCAUCUAAAAGCGUACCUUGUGAAAUCUCAGAAGUUGGAAGGAAGAACUAUAUAAGAUUGCCUUGACUUGGAAGGACAGCUUCAGUGCCUGGAAUAACUUCCCGCCCCAUGGCCAAAGCAGAAUCUACUGUAGAAAGUUAUGCAAAUAUGCAUCAGAUGUAAAGGCUGCUGAAUUAUCCAUUUAUUGGCACAUGUUUUAAAACAUAAAAUCAUAUGCAACCUCAGUAAUACCAGUACCAGGGAGGGAAGAUUUGUGACUUGCACAUUUUUACUGAUUUUAAGGGAAUAGUGGUCCAGCUUGUCUUAAUACUCUCCCCCAGAUGUAUCAUCUGGUAGAAAUGUUCUCACCUAAAAUUGGAAGUUCAUCCCAUACUGAAUGACUCUGAAAAUGGCAGCAAAUUUGCAAUAGCCAUGAUGAUUUUCAAAGAAUUGGUUGCUUCUCUUCUGGAUUUAAUUUUGCUUCUUGCAAUCUAUUCACUUUGAUCACUUGAGAUGAAUUGGGCUAUAGACUACACAAAUAAAAUGAGCAAGAAUAUAUGCAGGGUCUAUAGUAGAGAUCUUCCACUUCACAUGUUCUUGAUCCAUUCUGAUACAGCUUUUUCUGAAAGUUGGUAUGAUUCCUGGAAACAUUCUCUACUAGCUAUGAAUUCAGACCUGUUGGGCAUUAUUUAAUAGCACUCAGUGUAUAUGUGUGUGUGUGUAUGUGUUUUCAUCAUAUGUCAGCACCAUACAUUGUAAAAUGGAUUCUAUGGUACUCUGGUUCACCUGGAAGCAAUCUUCUGUUUGUAGCCAACUUUCUUCAGUGGCCAGACAUAGUUAUGCAGAACUGAAGUUCUUGGUAUAAUGCAUUGUUGGUGAUACAUCCCAUUAUGUGUUGCAACAUCAAACAACCUGACCUCAUCAGGGCAUACAUUGGAUCUGUACAGCUGAUCCUGCAUCACUCUGACAACAUUAGAAACCACUCUUAAUGUUCUAAUUUGUAAGGCUGUAAACUAUAGCCCUAUCAUUGGAAGUUUUACCAAAAUCUUUUGGCAUCGUAGCGAAGACAUAAUCAAGAUGUAUUCAAAUUUUUGAAAGGAAUUAGCAGACCCACUCAAAUCCCUUACAGUAUUAAUUCAGAUAAUUCCUGUAUGAAAUUCAAAAUAAUGAAAAAUAAGGACUAAAUACCCUGAAGCUACCAGAUCUUGUCUGCUUUUGGAAGCAAAGCUGUCAGUAUCAGAAACUAUCCAGGAAGACCAGGUACUGCAGGAUACAUUUCAAAGGAAGAUAAUGGCAAAUGAUUUCAGUACGUUCCUUAUCUAUGAAAUCUCUAGGACAGUCAUGGGGUCACUGUAAAUCAAUAGGUAACUUGAAGGCACACAAACACACAGUGCCAGACUUGGUUUAAUUAGUGUUCAGAACAUUGAUUCCAGACUUUAAGUUGCAUUCCAGCAGUGUAGACUGGUCCCAGUCUCUCUUACAUAGUAGCAAAAUCAUAAUUCAGUCUCUGAAAUAGUGUUUCCUACAAUCCUACUAUUACUAGUUAGUGCAAUUUUCCAGAGGGGAAAAGAGGCAUCGAGAAAGGCUUCUCUGCAGGAUGUCACUGCAGGCUAAUAUUGAUUGUCUUCUAAUUGAAUCCAAAGCCUGGCACAAUUGAAGUCUGGGCUAAAAAUGUGUCCAUAUACCAGAGUUCAUUACAUUUCUAAAAAGGAAUUGAGAUUAAGACAGUUGGAAAUGCUGGGAUCCUAUAUCUGGAUGACUUGGGAGCAUUUAAUAUAUUUAUGUUCCUUCCAAAGGUGAAGAAAAUAUGUUCCUAUCCUCAUCACCACUACCAUUACCUCUCCCAAAAGAAAAGUUGUUUGUUGUUCAUUCGUUCAGUCGUCUCUGACUCUUCGUGACCUCAUGGACCAGCCCACGCCAGAGCUCCCUGUCAGCCGUCACCACCCCCAGCUCCUUCAAGGUCAGUCCAGUCACUUCAAGGAUGCCAUCCAUCCAUCUUGCCCUUGGUCGGCCCCUCUUCCUUUUGCCUUCCACUUUCUCUAGGCUUUCCUGUCUCCUCAUGAUGUGGCCAAAGUACUUCAACUUUGUCUCUAGUAUCCUUCCCUCCAGUGAGCAGCCGGGCUUUAUUUCCUGGAGGAUGGACUGAUUGGAUCUUCUCGCAGUCCAAGGCACUCUCAGAACUUUCCUCCAACACCACAGUUCAAAAGCAUCUAUCUUCCUUCGCUCAGCC